AAAUUCAUUUUCUACGAACCAAUAUUCAAAAUGAGAGUAUUUCUCAUUGUAUUUCUCUUUAUCUUUAUUUUGAUUCAAUCAGGGAUACUUCAGAUAAUUCCUUCUGGAAGAUCGUGCACAAGACAAGGAUACUUUGAAAUUAUUGAUGGAACGUGUAAAAAUUAUUAUUUCUGUGUCUACAAUGGAGUCGCAUUCGUUUCAUACGAUCUGAAGUGUUUAGAUUCGACUGUAUUUAACCCUACAACGAAUACUUGCACUGCAGAUUAUAUUUGCAAUCAAAUUACAGUGGAUCCUUGUCCCUUUGGAGUUGGUAGAUUUCCAAUAAGUGAUUCCAAUUGUCAGAAAUAUUAUUUUUGUUAUGUGGAUAAUGGAAGUUUUAUGAGAUAUAAUUUGACAUGUCCAAAUAAUUUACAAUUUAAUUCGAAAACAAAACAAUGUAUGUUACCAUGUCCAACUUCUUCACAAACUUCUUCUUUAUCCUGUACAAGUUGUAAUAAAUAACAAUUGAUAUGAUAAUAGAUACGAAUUAACAUUGUUGUUUUAUCUUAUACUUUUAAGACGCUGUUUUGAUAAU